AUCCUCCUUACUUUUAAUAUUAAUUUUGAAUUUGAAUUUUCCCGGGUAAAAGAAAAAGAUGGCGGUUGCGUCCGAGAGUGAUCGCUUGAUGUGACAUACUGUUGUGUCACUUCAUUAUUUACAACGAGCAAACGACGUUGUAUAUUUUUUGUCUGGUGUAACAUAACAAAAAAUCAUGCAAUGUUAUUAUAAGGUUAUUUGUCGUGAAAAUUAAAAAUAUAUGUUACGGUGGAUUUUAUAAUUAUUAUAUACAAUUACAUAUACAAUUACGUCCUCAAUAAAAUUUAUGCAAAUAAUUGUAAAAAACAAAUCAUAUUGAUUAUUAAAAGAAAAUUUCCAGCUGAAAUCCAAAUAAAAGCUUCCAUUCACGCUAAAGUCCAUCAGAUAAAAGCUCACAGUUCAGAUAAUAUUAUAUUCACGCUAAAUGUCUACUCCAAAUUAUCUUAGAUUAUAACUCACGCUAAGUACCCGCUAAAUACACGCUAGUGUCCGAUUAUCCUCAGCCAUAAAAAUUGACACCUCAUAGACAAAAAAUUAAAGUCUAACUGAUUAAAGAAAAUAAUCUACCAGCUGAUUGUAAAUAUAGUCAAAAUUUACAUUUUGACUGAAUGUAAUGGAAUUUAACGAGAGAUAAUAUACGGAAAAUGACUAAAAUAACAAAAAAUGAUAUGAUAUUUUUCAUAAAAGUCGCAUAUGUUCCGUCAAUUCUAAAAAUUAUUAAUUUGAGGUAACCUGUAUCUUUAGUAAUAAAAUUAGAGAUGAUGAAUAAAUCAACAAGCCUAAAUUUAUAAUUAACUUAAAGAUUGUAUUAAGUGAAAACUAUAAAAAUGUUCAAAAUUGAAUCAUACAUUACACCCAUAAUUUUAAAUUAUGUUGGUAAAUUUAUUAAAAAUUUCAAACCAGAACAAUCUCAGGUUUCUCUUUGGGGCGGAGAUGCAACAUUUCAAAAUUUGGAUUUGAAACUGAAUGUUUUAAAUGAUGAGUUGAAAUUACCAUUUAGAUUUGUCAGUGGACACAUACAUGAACUGUCAAUUCAUGUACCAUGGGUAAAAAUAGCUUCAGAACCAAUAGUUGUAACCAUCAACACCAUUGAAUGUAUAUUAAAAAUGAGAGAUGAGUCUGAAGUUAAUAAUGAUAGUAAUUUACAACAAAAAAUGAACUAUGAAACAUUGCAAGAAGAAACACCAUCUAGUUAUAUAAAAACAAUUGUCACCAAAGUCGUUAACAAUAUAACAAUAAAUUGCAACAAUUUAAUUCUAAAAUUUGUCGAAGAAGAUAUUGUUCUAAGUGUUAACAUACGAUUUUUUGGAGUGCAAACCGUAAAUAAUGAAUGGAAGCCAUCCUUUACUGACGUCAAUACAACUGAUAUGAUAUUACGAAAGUUAAUAACAAUCGAGGAUUUAACUCUCUGCCUAGACCGUAUGGAUGCUUCUGGUAAAAUAGAAAUUUAUCAAGAUCCAGUAGUUUAUCGGUGCUCAAUGAUGAUUCGUUGGUUAAUAAAUUAUCAAAAAGCAAAAAGUGAUUUAACAGAACGCGAAUCAAUCACUAGAUUUGAUAUACACUGUAAAAAAAUAGAAUUUAGUAUGACGGAACAUCAAUUACCAAUGAUUAUGAGGUUAGUCACUUUGAUUCUUAAUUCACUGCAAUCUAAAUUGAACUCCAAAGAUCGAAUGUCAUUAAAAAGUUCCGAUGGAAUAGAUCAAAUUUCUGUAAGUAGUGAUGAUAAUUUAUUUGUGGGGAAUUCAAAUUCAUCAGCUGUAGUCAGACCAGUUAAUGAUAUUAGCUGGGGUUCAUGGGCAUGGCAAACAGUUACAUCAAUAGUUCCUGAUUGGAGCAAUGAUUUAUCUUUAAAUAAAUUAUUAGACAAUAGUAUUCAAGUAUUUGAUUUUGGGAUUUAUGUUGACGAAACGGUUUUUACAUUUAAAGUUACUGAAAUAAGUCAAGAAGUUUAUUCACGAAAAAACAUAAAAGUUAAAUAUCGACCGUGCAUUUCAUUACAAUUUUCAACCAUGUCAGCAUCUCUUUUAGUUUAUGAUAUUAAUUUUACAACAAUACAAAUAAAAUUGGGAGGUGUAGGACUUUAUCCACAAGGAAGUUGUACCUGUGGGUUCUCCGAAGUUAAAAAUAACGUUGAUCCCACAUUUUAUUUAACUGCCGGAUCUUUUCAAACAGACUAUUGCACAAGUUCACUUUUUGAUAUAAAUGCUGAAGAAAAUAAUGGACUGACUAAAAAUUACAAAGAAAUUAUUUCUAAAACUCUAGUAUCUAAAUUUUUUAAUGAUAAUUUUGAAAAAUCUCCAGCUUUAAUAAUAAACUUUAUUCAUUUUAUUGAAAUACCUGAAGAAACACCAAGAAAGGAAUUGUUUAAAUUCAACAGGAAUUUUGAAUUUAGCAAUUUUAAAGAGACUAAAAUAAUGCGAUACUAUAUUGGUAAUUUAAAAUUUAAAAUAUGCUCUGGUAUUAUUCAUCGUAUAUCUGCGAUCGCUGAUUUGAUUGAAAGUGAUUUUUUGGCUUGUUUUAACGAUAGAAAUAAUGGUUUAUUGAUCGAACCUUUAUCAACAACUAUUGAAGAAUUUGACGCACUGAGUGAAUACGUUGCGAGUGAAAAACUAGAAUUAAUAAUUAAUCAGCUGACAGUUCAAAUAUUUUUGGCUAAUCAUAAUGAAAUUCGUAAAAAUAAUGGAGAUAAUAUUAAAAAUUUCAAAUUUUUAUUAGAUUAUCCUCGUUUAAUAUUUGAAAUAGACAAAGUUGAGUUGACUACGGUUUCACCGAUCUAUCCGUUGCGGGUAGUGUUGUGUGCAUGUACACAAAUUCAAAUUCCCAAAGAAAUGUUAAAUAGUUGUUACAAAACAUAUGAAUUAAAUGUAUGUAAUUUAAAAUCUAAAUUAUAUCUAUCAGAAAACAAUCACAUGAUAUUUCUAACUCCAUUUGGUUGUAAAUUAUCCGCAAAAUCGUUAAUUUAUCCACAAUAUUGGAGCGGGCAUAGUGAUAUAAUUCAAGCAUCAACUGAUUUAACGAUUGAAAAUUUAACAAUAACUGCUACUAAAGUUAAAUUUCUUAUUAUCUAUACAAUUUUAUCGUCUAUUUCUUUAAAAAUUAAUACUAAUAUCGCAACAUUUAUAUCACUCUUUCAUGAGGCAUGCAAUGAAACAAAUCAGGUUUACUUAGAAUUAACAAUUGAUCGAAUAAAUUAUUUAAAUUCUCAGUUUUUAAUGUUUGUAUCAACAAAAUUAAAUGUUGGACCUGUAAAAAUUUUUGUAUUAAAUGAUAUUACCCAAGCGUUCAUUAUGUCAGGCCCGGAAAACCAAAACGAAAACAACAAAAAUCAAGAUUUAUUUUAUUUAUUCACACAACUUCCACGCUAUUGGGACAAUGAAGUUGAUAAUUUAAUAAUUAAAUUUCAUUUCUAUGAAACAAAAAUCAUUUUAGAUCCACUUUUAUUUGACUGGCUGGACUACAAUUGUCAUUUCAACGAUUCUAACAACUCACUUCUUCUGUUGGACAAUUAUGCGAUAGAUGAAACAUCGUCAGACAACAGUACAAGAAAAAAAUUUCCAAGUUUGCAUGAAAACGUCCACAGUUUAUCGGAAGGAGAGUACCGAUUUAAUGCCUUCAAUUGGAUAAAGGAUAAUUAUAAAAAUGAUAAUCAAAAAGAAACUGCUAUAAAUAAUGAAAAGAGUCAGUCAUCAUCAUCUUCGGUAUUUACACAAAUUAUCCUAAAUUAUUAUUCUCAAUGGCGACGGUUGAUUUUUAACAUCACUAUCGACAAUUGUAUGAUUUAUCAACCAACGUUGACUAUUAAUUGUCUUGGAGUUAAUGGAAUUGAAGAAGCUAAAGAACAAGCACUGAGUUCCAAUGAUGCUCUUAAAUUAUUUGUGAUAAAUACAUCAAAAUUAAAUAUUCAAUCGGCUAGUUGGAAUGACCAAUACUGCUCAGAAGUAAAUUUAUACAAAAUUUUAAAUAUAAAUGAUGCCGAAUUGAAAAAUUUUCCUUGGACUUUGGAUUUUAUGAGAUUUAAUUGUUAUACUUUGAUAAAUAAAAAAGUUAACAACUUUUUAAAUAUCGAUUAUUUUAAUGCAACUAUUGAUUCUACAUUAAAAUCUGAUGUUGGUGAGAAUCAUGAUAAUUUAAACUCACUAGGAUUUUGUAUUUACAUAAAUACAUCUCCAAUUUUAUUUUCAUUAACUAAAAAACAAUUAGAAUUAGUUGAUGAUCUAUUGAAUAAAAAUUUGAAAUUAAUUAAUAAAAUAUUAAAUACACCAUCGAAUACAAAUAAUUCAUCGAAUUUUAAAUUUUACAAUGAAAAUUUAAAUUUUUCAGUUAAAAAUCCGUUGAGUCCCACCCAGAUAUUUUUUAUGGAAACUGAUACAAUAUCAACAUCUGCAUCGACAUCUAAAAAUGAUUUAGAAAUAGAUUCAAUUAAUGGUGAUAGUAUUACCGCUUGGAUUCAAUGGACAAUAACGAAAAUGAUAAUUGAGUUAUUUACUGAUGACAACGAUGAAUCAAUUAAUGAAGACUAUAACUACAAAGUAAUGAUUGAAUUUGAGGACAUUAUAACAUCAUUAGACUGGCAAACAAUUUAUAUUAAAUUGAAGAAUAAAAUAACAAGUGCUAAAAUUCUCCACUACAGAAAAUUAUUAAAAGAAGAUGAUAAUUGUUGGAAACUUGGUGAUUUUACAGGAUUUAUAAUGUCAAGUAAAAGUGAAAAUUUAGAUAAAACAUCUAAUGAAAAUGAUUUCUUAAGUUUUACUUUAACAAAAGCCAAAUCUAAUAACGUUUAUCACAAGUGGAUGAGGUUUAAAAAUAAAUUUUCAAAGAACUGUAUUUUCAACGAAGACAACGCUUUUGCAAUGUCAAACUAUAUAACUGAAAUCGUCAUUGAAGUACAAAUGUUAGAGAUAAUUUUACCGAUUAAUUUGAUCCAAAAAUUUAAGAGUUUCUUCAAUUAUCGUUUAAAAAAAAAAGAAAAUAGCUGUAUUAUUGAGAAUUCUGAUAAUCAUAAAUUUCCACUCGUGUAUUUAGACUUCAAAGGAAUUACUUUAAUAGUUCCGAUAGAUUCGCCAUACAACGAACGAUACGAUACUUUUGUAUUAACUAACGACGGAAUUUCUCUAAUUCCACAUGCUGAAAAUCCAAUAUGCCGUAUGAUUCUACGUCCGGACAUUUAUGAACUUGCAGCGCAAUCAAAUAUUCUAAAUACUCCCAGCUCAAUUUUAGAAGAUCGUCAAUAUCAAAUAAAAAUAAAUGGAAUUAGUGUUUCAAGUACUAACUGGUUAAAUUAUCACGUUCAAGGAACAAAAAAGAAAACACCAUUAUUGUUUACAAUGAACGAAAAUCCUGCAUUAGAAUGGAAUGAACUUGAAAAUACUUCAAUAGAUAACAAAUCAACAAUCUGUCCAUUAAUAAAUAGAUUUGAUCUUUGCUGUAUAAUCGCACCUUCAAUGAUUUUAAAGUCGAAAAUAGUUGUGUGUGGAAACGCCGUAGAAAUAACUUGUCUUACAGAUAUUGAGAUUGUGAUUAAUUUAGAUCAGAUAAAAUUAUUAAACACCUUGUUUUAUAAAUUAAAACAGCUGGAAAUAAAAGUUAACGAAGAAGACUCUGAUAAGUGUAAAAUAAAUACUUAUUAUUGUCCCACAACUUUACCAACCGUUCAAGAGACCCGAAAUGAAUCAAUCCAAGAAUCUUAUCGAGAUUCUGUUAAGGAUUCAGGGGUUGAUGUCGAUUCGUCUAGCAUCGACAGGAGAAUUUAUAUAAAUACUAAAGAUCAAAGAAUAACAGAACCGUAUGAAAAUGUGAUAAACUGUGGAAAGCUAUCGAUAGCUGUUUAUAAAAACGAUAAAGAAGAUGGAGAUAAAUCAAACUUAAAAGUUCCAUUAGUAUUUAUUGCCGUUUAUCAACCAAAUAUUUAUAUUUCUCAACAUAAUCGUAGUCGGGUUGUUCGCAUAAAUUGUUUUGAUAUAUCUCUUCUUUUUAGUGAAAAAGAUUCAAAGGUUAUGAGCUUACCAAAUGUCGAUUGCUACCAAAAUGUGUUACUGCAAACUAAAAAUGGUGAUCCACAUCCUACUACCGGGAUACCACCAUCCUUUUUAGUUAUUAAAUGGGAAAAUAAUGCAGAACAUUGCAGUAUUUUAACAGAUAUCGGCCGUCCUACUAAAAUAAAUGUAUCAUCAUCGCUGAUAGAUCAAAUCAAUAAUCUAAACCAUGAAUUAGUAAGUAUUUUGGAUUGGAAAAAUCAAGAAGAAUCAGAAAGCUCAUCUUCAUUUAUAAAUGAUUUCCUGAUGAUAAAGAACAACAGUGACGUUAUCGACGUAUCCUUAACCACAAAACAGAUUGUUGUAGCUGUGAUAAUUGAUUUAGCAACUGAAAUCACCAACAAUAUUUCGGAAUUAUCAGUAACGAUAUCAAGUCAUAUAAGAAAAAUAAACGCGUCUGUUGACAUUACUUCAUUUAUGAUCACUACAAAUAUCAAAGGAUGUCUGAAAGCAUUUCUAAAUCCACUAUCUUGUAAUUUUAUUGCUAAAAUAAUACUAGAGUCUUGGCAAGACUUUGAUGAAUCUCCGCUAAUAAGACUUCGAAUUUACAGCAAUUCAAUAAGUAUUGAUUUAGGUCCAGAACAAGUUAAAUUUAUUGAAGAAGUAUUGAAUAAAUUUGGACAUUAUUUUGAGAAUUAUAGUUCUGAAGACAGUGGUAAACAAAAUUUAAACCAAAUAUCAUCGACUGAACAGUAUUAUCAGGACGAUUUAAGAGCUGGGGCUUUUCAAUUUGCUGAUGGAACUAAUGAUCAAGUACCGCUGCCUUAUCAAGUUAUUUUCUCGAAUUAUCCACAAAAAAUAAUGGCGUGGAAAUAUCCACAACCGAGAAUUUUAACUCGCUUAAAUCUAACUAGUAUUCUAUGGAACAUAAUUGAUGAUUUAGAUAUUGAAUUGCAUAAAAUAAAUUGCAUUAUUGAAUACUGGAAUGAUAACUUGAUGUCUUACCAACGUUUUAUUCAAUUUAAUAUGGCCGAGUCAGAUAAUUUAACAUCGUUACUAAAUAAAUCACCAACAAGAGCAGUUUCUUGUCUUUGGAGAGCAGUUAUUUGUUCGACCGACAAAACAAUGGAUUCAAUAACACCCAGAGAUUUGGCUGGAUGUUUAAGAAUUGAUUCUUAUUUUAAUUCGUUGUAUAUUUCAACAGUUGAAGUUACUUUUAACAUUAGUUAUAUAAAACUUUCUCUUUUCAAUAAUUUCAACAAUCAUAAUUACAAUAUUUUACCAUCUCCACUCGACAAAUUCAAGUUAAAUAACUUUGUUCCGUUGAAUCAACGAUUUGCUGACUUUACAGUGGAAAAUAAUUGUUUUAUUCACAAUAAAUGGAUUAAUGGAGGAAGUUUAAGCAAUUUUACUGGAAAUCUAAGUAUUAAAACUUUAGAUUACGAAUCAAUGACAAUGUAUCAAGUACUUAAAUCUUUAGAAUUUAAAGCUCAAUUAAAUAAAUUGAGUAAUACUAAAUUAUUAUUGACAGUAAGUGAAAUGACAUUCAGAUUUGGACCUGAAGUUGCUCAUACAGUGAUCCUGUCGUUAGAUCUCUGGAAUUCAAUCCUAAAAAAUGAUUCAAGUCCUAGAAACUGCAGUAUUUUCAGUAAAAUUAUUCUGGCUAAUGAUUGUAAUUUACCAAUAAGAGUUUCUCAAGACAAAACAACCGAUGAUAUUAUUUUACAAAGUCGCGAAUGUUACUUCUAUUCAUGGAGACUAAAAUCUAACUCAAAGCUACGUGUUGCUGUUAAAAUAGAUCAAACUUGGAUUUGGAGUGACUUAUUUAAAAUAAAUAAUAACAGCGAUUACAAUGUUAUUGAAAUAAACACAAACAGUAAAAAUAAAGUUAAACUGCAUUACAAAACUAAAUUUAUCAUGUCCACUCAGAAAGUUAUAUUCUUCACAGGACAAUUAGUUGUAAAAAAUGAAUUGAAUGAAGACUUUGAAUUGAAAUUAAUCCAAUAUAAUUCAACAGAUAAUAAAAUUCUUAAAUCAGAAUCUAUUUUCACUUUAUCAGGAAAUUCUCCACCGCAGUCUUUUAUAAUCAACGACAUAAGCAACGUUACUAUGAGACUGAGAUUUUUAAAUCUAACAAGUGUCACAUCUUGGACUGGAGACAUUCCAUUGAACGCGAAUCCAAAAUGUGAUCAACCAUGGCUUGUUAAAUUACCUUUGAACAAUAAAAAUCAAUUCUUAAGUAUCUGGGUUCGUAAUAUACGUGAAAAUCUAUCGGGUGAUAUUAAAAUUCUUGUUGUUUUAAGUCCACUGUAUUUAUUACAAUCGUGGCUGGCGAAUCUUGUGGACAUUACUAUUGAAACACCAGCACUCAACUCAUCAAUAAAUUCAACUUUAACUGGUCGCGGUGAAGUACAACAAAUUCAUUGUCCAGGUACAUUUGAACAUAUUCAUUCAUUGAAACUUAUCUUCAGUGAAGAAAACUCAAAUUUAAGUAUUCCAAUUUCGUACAACUCUGUUGAUCAGCGGAGUUUCUUCAAAGUUUCUGAAAACGAAAAAAUUGAUGAUAUUUUGACUCGAUUAUCGGAAAACAAAAAUGGUAAGAAAGAUUUUUGGCCAUCAGAGUUUGAGAAUUACAACUGGAUUCGUAUAGCUCAAUCCCAAAGUUACAUUCAAAUAAAAUACCGCGACGCUGGUUUGAUUUCUAGCACACUGUUAGUUGAAAUACGUCCUUGGUGUUUUAUUCUGAAUACAUAUAGUAAAAAUCUAAAUUUAGUAUCACCAGAAAUAGAUUUUAUAUGUGAAAUUCCGAGCAAUAGUAUAACAACACCGCCAAAAAUUUCUGCAAUAUUCCACAUCGAAAUAGAAUCCUCAAACAGAAAAUUUCAGUCGCCUCCACUUCAAUUCGGAAAUUCCGUAUCUAAUCGUGGAUUUAUCAAGCCACAAAUCAACGGGUUGAUCCCACUGGAAGGAAGCAUAGAAAUCUUUAUCGACUAUGGAUCUACGAUCGCUUGUUUGAUAAUCAACUCGCAUACUAUUGAUAGCACAAGAAUUAUCAAAAUAAUGAGCAGUCACGUUGUUUGUAAUCUGACGAGUUAUUCUUUUAAACUAGCUUCCAUUUGUGUUGACAAGAAGUGUUCAUCCGUAGACUUUACUAGUAAUUUAACAGAAAUUCAAUUGUAUUUACCUCCGUAUAAAAAUGAUGAUAUAGGGCUUCCAAUUGAAAGCUGGUACAAUUUAGGAAAUAUAAAUUGUGAAGCUAAUAAUUUUAAUUCAUACAUUUCACUGAUGUUACAGGAAUCAAAUGAUAUUUACUGCUGGUCUUGUCCGAUAAAACUCGAACAAACAUUCGGAAGAAAUAGUGUUUCAGUAAUUAAUGGAAAUGAAACUAUUCCAAUAAUUAUUACAUCUCAAAAAGACCAUGACAUUAUUUAUAUCACAAUUAUUGAGGACACAUUCCCGCAAUUUACAAUCACCAAUUCUUGUUCAUUUACGGUAAUGAUUGGGCAUCCAAAUGGAACUUUAGAUUCAUUGGAACUAGAAUCUCCACCAUUUAACAGGAUAUGCAAUAUAAGACCAGGAAACUCCUGUCAUUAUACGCUUAAGAAAUUUGGAAGUUGGAUUCCUGAUAGUUCAAUAGACAAAAAAAUUUGUGCGCAACUGUGGUUGUGUAUUCCGCUUGAACAAAAGGACCAAGAUUUUAACAGAAUUGAUGUUGAUAAAUUGAAAAAUAAUUCUAUUUCAAUGAAAUUGAUUGAAUAUCCUACUGACUAUCCUGUUAAAUUUGAUAAGUUUAUAUACCUGGACCGUUAUGGACCUAUUAAAAUAGUUGUAACCAGCUGGGGACACACUAUUUUUAUAAACAUUGAACCGAAAUCUAAUAUUGAAGUAUCUGUUCGUGACAUAAGAAGCCGUUUAAUCACAGAAAACGAAAAAUCGAGUGAUAAUUCAAAAUUUUCAGCUGUUAAAAAUAUCAAACCGUCAUCAGUAAAUAAUUUUAAUUAUAAUAAUGAUAAUUUGAAGCUUGAAGAUACAGAAAGUACCCAUUUAUCGACAGAAAAUAUUGUCAAUAAUUCAAAUUUAGAAAAUUUAGAUACCGUUUUUACUCUCUAUUUACACAAAGUUAAUAUUAUAAUUACUCAAGACGAUAAUAAUGGAAUUUCAAAGGAAGUCGCAGCCCUUUAUUUAACACAUACAUUUAUAACAAUAACAUCAAAUGCUAAAUCUCUCAAUUUAAAAGCGAUAGUUGGUGAUUUACAGCUAGACAAUCAAUUAUUUAAUAACGGUGGUUACGAUUUUCCGGUUGUACUUAUCAACCAAAAACCAACAAAUAUGAAUAAAAUGAUGGUAGAUUUAUCUAAUAAUUCCGAGUCCAGUGUAUUAGGAUUAAAAGACGAGUUUUUGUUUGUUUUAGAACUUUCUCUGGAUAAAAUGUUUGAUAGAAAUGCAUUUAAAAAUGUGUACAUAAAAAUAUUACCAACGAAUAUUUACAUUGAAGAUAAAUUCAUUUCUCAAUUAUUGGAUUAUGUCUCAAUAAUAAUCCAGCCUUAUAUUUUUACAUCUUCUGAUAAUUUAAGGAUAGAAAUGAAGAAACAUUUAAAGGAUAAGUUAAUUAAAGGAGUCAGAAUUCCGACUAACGUUAUAAUGGAUACAAAGAUAAUAAGUUCUCCUUUGAGACUGCAAAAUUUAACAAUUGAACCGGUUUCAAUUCUUCUGAGCGUUCACACAUCAGUGAGACUUUACAUAGCUUUGGAUCAUUCUCCAUUACAUUUUGCUAUUUUCGAAAGACACAAUCUCAUAACAACGCCUUAUCGAUUGGGUAAUGCUCUGACGAUGCAUUACUUAUCAGGUGCAAUUUUCGGCGCAGGCUGGGUGGUUGGUUCAUUAGAAAUUCUUGGAUCUCCAGGAAGUUUUGCUCAGGCGGUAGGAUUAGGUCUAAAAGACUUUAUAUCUCUACCAUUUCAGGGACUACUGCACGGUCCUUGGGGCUUUAUUGUAGGAAUCACUCAUGGAUCAGCCAGUCUCAUGAAAAACGUCACCGCUGGCACUGUAAACUCAGUAACUAAAUUAGCGUCUAGUGUUGCAAAAAAUCUUGACCGCUUGACGCUCGACAAUGAGCAUUUGCAGCGACAAGAAGAAUCAAGAAGAUUAAAACCUCAGGGUAUGACUCAGGGCUUCUAUCAAGGUCUAACGAGCUUUGGAAUUAGUAUUUUAGCAGCUGUUGCUGGUCUAGCUCAUCAUCCUCUUCAGAAUUAUUUGUCAAACGACUCUACUACUCGAGGAAUCGUCACUGGAGUUGGAUUAGGGCUUGUUGGAGUGCUAACAAAACCUCUUAGUGGUGCUGCUGAGUUGGUAGCAUUAACUGGCCAAGGAUUACUUCAAGGUACUGGUUGGAAUCCAUUGCCUUCGCCAAAGCGUCAUUUUGAAAUUACUUCUAAUGAUUUGCAUAAUAUGGAAAGUCGAUUUUUAUGGAAGCUUAUGGAUUAUAUCACAGAAAAUCAUGAUGAUAUUUUGUAUUUAGUCAAUGCAGAUUUCGUUGAUUCUAAUGAAGAACAACCGGUUGUAUUAAUUUUAACGAGAAAAAAAUUAAUUGUUAUUAAUAUUGAGAAUGAUAAUGUACAAAAAAUGUUUUCUUUCAAUGAUUUUUAUUGUUCGGAAGAUAAUACGCAAAAUUCUAAAUUGUUUAGAUUAGUAUUUUCAAUAAAUUCAAAUACCAACAAGUCAAAAAAUAACUCUUAUUCUGAUGAACAGAGAGAAAUUAGCGAUGAAAUGAAAACAAGGGUAGAACAGUAUAUACUAAGUGGGGGAUUACACAAUUAUUGUCAUACUGGCGGUAAUAAUCCUGUAGUUUCAUCCGAAUUGAAUGAGCAUGGUGAUAAUUCUUUGUUAUUUGUUAUGGAUUUUCAUAAAAAAAAUUAUUUAAUGAGCAUUAUUAAGUUGAUAAAAAGACAAAUUCAGCAGAAAGAUUUUACGGUUUUAUAAAAAUAAAUAAAUAAUUAUUUAAGAGC